GCGGGUGGGGGGGGGACCACGCCCCGGCCCCGGCGUGUUGUGCGGUGCACCAGCCUCAGUUAGCUCACUGCGGCUGCUGCUGCUACAUCCGGGCGUCCCGUUAGGUUUACAAGCCCUGCAAAGAUGGCGACGUCAGGGAGGAGUGCAUUAUUAUCCUCCACCUUAGCUGGACCUAAGAGCACAGUGGAGAGCUCCAACCCAGAGGAGGAUGACGGACAGGACCUAUGGUCCACCAUUCUGAGUGAAGUGUCAACCCAUUCAAGAUCAAAGCUACCGUGUGGGAAAAAUGUCCUGGUCAUGGGUGAGGUGGGCUCGGGAAAGACCACUUUGGUUGCAAAGUUGCAGGGGGUGGAGGAGUACAUGAAAGGACGUGGAUUGGAAUAUCUCUACUUCAAUGUUCACGAUGAUGAUGUUGAUGACCACACCAGAUGCAAUGCGUGGGUCUUAGACGGAGACCUUUGCCAUAAAGGUCUGCAGGGAGUCGCCGUUCCGGUGGACUCGAUCGAGAACACCGUGCUGCUGAUAACAGUUGACAUGUCACGGCCGUGGAACGCCCUGGACUCUCUUCAGAAGUGGGCCGCCGUUGCCAGGGAACACAUCGACAAACUCAGAGUGGCCCCRGAAAAGCUGCGGGAGCUCGAGCUCAAAAUUGUAAAACAGUUUCAGGAGUACACAGAGCCUGGCAGCGGUGAGGACAGCACACCGCAGAGGAGGAGCGAAGAGGAGGAGAGCAUACUGCUGCCAUUAGGGAACAACAUACUGACGCACAACCUGGGMAUACCAGUGGUGGUGGUCUGCACCAAGUGCGAUGCCAUCAGCACAUUGGAGAAGGAACACGACUACAGAGACGAACACUUGGACUUCAUCCAGUCGCACAUCAGACAUUUCUGUCUGCAGUACGGCGCCUCUUUGCUUUACACGUCAGUGAAGGAGAUGAAGAACCUGGACAUCCUUUACAAAUACCUCGUCCACAAACUCUACGGCUUUCCUUUCCACUGUCCAGCUCAGGUGGUGGAAAGGGACGCAGUCUUCAUUCCGUCAGGGUGGGACAACGAGAARAAGAUCGCCAUACUUCACGAGAACUUCCAGACGAUAAAAGCAGAAAACGGCUUUGAGGACGUGAUCGUCAAACCACCUGUUAGAAAGAUUGUUCAUGAAAAAGAAAUUCAAGCAGAAGACGACCAGGUGUUUUUGGUAAAGCUGCAGUCGCUGCUUGCCAAACAGCCCGCUGUAACAGCAGGGCGACCGGUGGACACCACUAGCAGGGCACCCACUGGCUCCCCGCGGACGAGUAAUCGCUCUGCAGCGGCCAACGUAGCAAACGCCAUGCCGCAGUCAGGUCAAACAAGCGAGGGUGUGCUGGCCAACUUCUUCAACAGUCUACUGACAAAGAAAGCAGGGACGGGGGGGCCUGGGACACCAGGUGGUGGGAACAACACUCCAGGAACUGUACGGAAGUCGGGUUCAAAGCUGGGCCUGAGUGACGUCCAGGCAGAGCUGGACCGCAUCUCCAGCCGGGAAGCUGACUCAGACUUGUCCAAUGCCAACGACGCCCCUGCCACAGAUGGCCAGGACACAUGAAGACCAACGCACUCCGUUCCUGCUCCCCUUCUCUCCCCCGCCUCAGUCACUGUCCACCUCCCCCUGUUUUUUCUUUUUGUCCCCUCCACCUUUAACGUAAAGAAACAAAGGUGGACAUACAGUGGUGUGCAAGUGUUUGCCGCCUUCCUGAUUUCUUCUAGUUUGUCACACUUAAAUGUUUCRGAUCAAACAAAUUUAAAAAUGAGACAAAUAUAACACAAAAUGCAGUUCAUAAAUGAAGGUCUUUAUUAUUAAGGGAAACAGAAAUCCAAACAUACAGGGGAGAAGGGGGCAAACACACCUUCAUGCCACUGUACAUUUGUCACUUUCUUCUUGAGAAGAACUCAACGUUUCUUACCCGCCCCCCCAUGCCUUCCUUCACCUACACCUUCCCCUGCCUCCUUUUUGCGGCUGUUACACCAAGGAGAAAUAUUCAUCACUGUUACAUGCAAGACUGUCUGUUACAUGAAAGUACAUGUAAAAGGAUAAAGGGGACCACUGGAGGGAAUGAGAAGCAGCAAGAGGAGUGACUGCAAGAAUGAAAGUCAGGGUGUUUUAUCCAUCCAUUUAUUGUGAUGGUACAGUUAGUGUUUUUACUGUAGAGCGCAUGUUGGAAGAAACUGCACUUAGACAAUAGAGGGAAGACUGUGUGCUUAAUGUGUGUGAGGCGACUCGUACUUGACUGGAGGAAGAGAUCGAGAACAAAAAAGGAAAAAAAAAACUGAAACAAAACAUGCAAUUUUUUUUUAAUAUGAAGGGAAAAUUGACCAGUAUUUGUGUGCGUGCGCGUAUUUGUCUGUGUGAGUGUGUGUGCGCGUGUGUGUGUGUGGUGCAAAAGUGAAGGGAAGUUUCCACCUAGCCCCAUUUGACUAUAGAUUCUGGGCGGUCUGCAUUACAACCAAAUGGCAACAAGCAUUACCAUAUUCAUACACUACAGAAGUGUGCACACUAUUAAUACACCAGCAGCAUCUGCUCGACUACACACCAAACAUGUCUGAAAUAUACAACAAAUGAAACCUGUUGCUCAAGCAUUAAGGUUCAUUGUGGUACCCUGUUCUGUAAUUGGCCAGAGACUCCUUAUGUGGUACUGCAUUGAGUUCAAACCUGUGCACUGGAUAGGGAGGGGAUAUUAGAGGGUGGGUAACUGAGAUUCACGUGUACAGAAAAAAAUAACACUAGAAAAUUACAUAGUUACUGCUGACGGGGGUGGUGGGUUAGAAUAUGGGAGGGUCACCAAGAAUGUACAGUCAUUGUCUCGCUGAUUGGUCCUGUUAUUUCAGAGCUCUGUGUUGGCGUUUGUAUAGUCAGAUCUGUCAAUCAGUCAAAUAAAAAGGUGUAUUUAUUUGGAUUCA